UCCAGCGGCCGGCGAUGCAUUCCCUUGGUGGAAAUUGGGUGGAAGUGUCGUUGUUGUUAGCGAAAGCUCCAUUACUUGCUUUAGCCAACUUUCGACGUCCUUCGUCCGUUUAUACAUCUUUUUUUAAAGAAUUUUGAAGCUCUACUUUACAUAACAAAAUGCGUGAGUGUAUCUCAGUUCACGUUGGACAAGCUGGAGUGCAGAUCGGUAAUGCAUGCUGGGAAUUGUAUUGCCUGGAACAUGGCAUCCAGCCCGACGGUCAAAUGCCAUCCGACAAAACGAUCGGCGGCGGCGACGACAGCUUCAACACCUUCUUCAGUGAGACUGGUGCAGGAAAGCACGUUCCUAGGGCAGUUUUCAUCGACUUGGAACCUACUGUAGUUGAUGAAGUACGCACCGGUACUUAUCGCCAGCUGUUCCAUCCCGAACAGUUGAUCACUGGUAAGGAAGAUGCGGCGAACAAUUAUGCCCGUGGUCACUACACGAUUGGAAAAGAAAUCGUCGAUCUUGUAUUGGAUCGAAUCCGUAAAUUGGCCGACCAAUGCACCGGUCUCCAAGGUUUCCUUAUCUUCCACUCGUUCGGAGGUGGUACUGGUUCUGGAUUCACUUCACUGUUGAUGGAACGUCUCUCCGUCGAUUAUGGCAAGAAGUCAAAGUUGGAAUUCGCCAUCUAUCCCGCUCCCCAAGUCUCUACCGCAGUCGUUGAACCGUACAAUUCAAUUCUCACCACGCAUACCACGCUCGAACAUUCCGACUGCGCAUUUAUGGUCGACAAUGAAGCCAUUUACGAUAUCUGCCGUCGUAAUCUGGACAUUGAGAGACCCACUUACACGAACUUAAACAGACUGAUCGGCCAAAUUGUAUCCUCCAUUACAGCUUCUCUGCGAUUCGACGGUGCUCUUAACGUUGAUCUGACAGAGUUCCAAACGAACUUGGUCCCUUAUCCCAGGAUUCACUUCCCGUUGGUAACAUACGCACCCGUCAUUUCAGCAGAGAAGGCAUAUCACGAGCAACUCUCUGUAUCAGAGAUUACGAACGCGUGUUUCGAGCCAGCAAACCAGAUGGUGAAGUGCGAUCCACGUCACGGGAAAUACAUGGCCUGCUGUAUGUUGUACAGAGGCGAUGUGGUACCCAAGGACGUGAACGCGGCGAUCGCCACCAUUAAAACGAAACGCACCAUUCAGUUUGUUGAUUGGUGCCCUACUGGAUUCAAAGUUGGCAUUAAUUACCAGCCCCCUACCGUGGUGCCUGGUGGUGAUCUUGCCAAGGUGCAACGUGCCGUUUGCAUGUUGUCGAACACCACGGCCAUUGCAGAGGCCUGGGCUCGUCUCGACCACAAAUUUGAUUUGAUGUACGCCAAACGAGCAUUCGUCCAUUGGUACGUCGGAGAAGGUAUGGAAGAGGGUGAGUUCUCCGAGGCUCGCGAAGAUCUUGCAGCACUCGAGAAGGAUUACGAGGAAGUUGGAAUGGAUUCCGCUGAAGGCGAAGGAGAGGGUGCUGAAGAAUACUAAAUAUUUUACGUUUUGAUACACCCUUUUUUUGCAAUAAAGUAAGUGAUUUCCAUCGACAA